GAAGUAUAAAAACUCGAGCUUUAACCUUCAGCUUUGUUGAUCUCAUGGUCUCUUAUGAUCAAAUCGAUUAUUUUUCUCUGUUCUCGUCGCUGUCGGGUCUUUUCUUCUCAGCAGGCGAGAUAUUUCUCCUCUCCGAGUCUGACCCACUUCGAUUUCUCCGGCGAGAGCUCCAAUAUUGAACGAGCUCUUGUCUCCGCUCUUGGAUCGUGCGCCUCUAGUAAUGACGUCACUUGUGGCAGACAAAUCCAUGGCCGUGUCUUGAAAUCAGGUCUUGAUUCUAAUGGAUUCAUCUGUAAUAGCGUUCUUAACAUGUACGCUAAAUGCCGUCUCUUGGCUGAUGCGGAAUCUGUUUUCCGGGCUCACGCGAAGCUUGAUUCUGCUUCGUUCAAUAUUAUGGUUGAUGGGUAUGUAAGAUCUCGUAGACUUGGGGAUGCGCUUAAGUUGUUCGACGUUAUGCCUGAGAGAAGCUGUGUCUCGUAUACUACUUUGAUAAAGGGUUAUGCUCAAAACAAUCAGUGGAGUGAAGCUAUGGAGCUUUUUAGGGAGAUGAGAAAUUUGGGAAUUAUGCUAAAUGAAGUGACUUUAGCCACUGUUAUAUCUGCUUGCUCACAUUUGGGUGGGAUUUGGGAUUGUAGGAUGUUGCAUAGUUUGGCUAUUAAGCUGAAGCUUGAUGAUCGGGUUUUUGUUUCGACGAAUUUGCUGCAUAUGUAUUGUAUCUGCUCAUGUUUGAAGGAUGCUCGGAAGUUGUUUGAUGAAAUGCCUGAGAGAAAUUUAGUUACUUGGAACGUGAUGUUAAAUGGGUACUCAAAAGCUGGACUUAUCGAACAAGCUAAGGAAUUGUUUGAUCAGAUUACUGAGAAAGAUAUUGUCUCGUGGGGUACAAUGAUUGAUGGGUGUCUCCGAAAGAAUCAGCUUGACGAAGCUCUUGUUUACUACACCGAGAUGCUGCGCCGUGGAAUGAAGCCUAGUGAAGUUAUGAUGGUGGACCUUCUCUCGGCUUCAGCUCGAUCAGUGGGUAGCUCCAAGGGUUUGCAACUUCAUGGUACCAUUGUGAAAACGGGUUUUGAUUGUUAUGAUUUCAUACAAGCAACGAUCAUACAUUUCUACGCUGUCUCUAAUGACAUGGAACUCGCUCUUCAGCAGUUUGAAGCGAGCGUUAAGGACCACAUCGCAUCGAGAAACGCGUUGAUUGCAGGAUUUGUGAAGAAUGGAAUGGUUGAGCUGGCAAGAGAAGUAUUUGAUCAGACUCGUGAUAAAGAUAUCUUUUCAUGGAACGCUAUGAUGUCGGGUUACGCGCAGAGUUUAUCGCCUCAGUUAACUCUACAUCUCUUCCGCGAAAUGAUCAGUAGUAGCCAAGUAAAACCAGAUGCAAUCACAAUGGUUAGUGUUUUCUCUGCAGUUUCUUCUCUAGGAUCGUUGGAAGAAGGGAAGAGAGCACAUGAGUAUCUAAACCGUAGCUCGAUUCCUCCCAACGACAAUCUAAUCGCUGCUAUAAUUGACAUGUACGCCAAAUGUGGAAGCAUCGAAACCGCUCUAAACAUUUUCCGCCAAACAAAGAACAUUUCUUCUUCUACAAUCUCUCCGUGGAACGCCAUCAUUUGCGGGUCAGCGACACAUGGCCACGCAAAACUAGCACUUGAUCUCUACUCCGAUCUCCAAUCUCUCCCAAUAAAACCAAACAGCAUCACUUUUGUCGGUGUCUUGAGCGCCUGCUGCCAUGCAGGCCUAGUGGAGUUAGGUGAAACGUAUUUCGAAAGCAUGAAGAGCGAUCACGGGAUCGAGCCAGACAUCAAGCAUUACGGAUGUAUGGUUGAUUUGUUGGGAAAAGCUGGGAAGUUAGAGGAAGCAAAAGAAAUGAUCAAGAAGAUGCCGGUUAAGGCGGAUGUGAUGAUCUGGGGGAUGUUAUUAUCGGCUUCACGGAUUCACGGGAACGUCGAGAUUGCUGAGCUUGCGGCUGCUGAGCUGGCGGCGAUUGAUCCAUCUCACGGAGGAUGCAAAGUUAUGCUUUCGAACGUUUAUGCAGACGCAGGGAGAUGGGAAGAUGUAGCUUUGGUCAGAGAAGAGAUGCGAACAAGAGAUGUUGAGUGGUCACGUGCCUUCAGUGGUGUUGUGUGAAUUGUUUCGAGUCUCGUAAGCUCUUUAGUGGGCUUAUUGUUAGGGCCUAGUAGAAACGAGUUAAAUACAUAAUUAGCGCGUUG